CUGACGGCCGCAAGGCUUGCAGCUUACGGAGCUGUCUCCACUGCGGCCUUUGGACUGGUGGUGCUCCACGCCUUCCUUUCCAGACCCAACUUCUACUCGGCUGGCGUACUGCUAGCAAGGUCCAAUGGCAGCAUGCUGGUGUUGCUCAAUUUUGGCAUCUUCUGUGCGCUGAUACUGGGAAAAUGCGCACAAAAGGCAUUCUUUGGUCAACUGAGGGCCGUCGAGAUCGAGCACCUCUACGAGCGCAGCUGGUACGCGGUCACGGAAGGACUGCUUGCGAUGACAAUCUUCAGAGAUUCCUUCGACGCUAGCUUUGUGCUGCUCUUUGGUACUCUGCUGUUUUUAAAGGUCUUUCACUGGUUGUGCGAAGAUCGAGUCGACUUUAUGGAGCAAGCACCCUCGCUUUCGAGGCUCUUUCACGUUCGCAUGGUAUGCGUCUUGUGGACACUCCUCUGCUUGGACAUUUUCUUGGUGGCUUUCGCAUGCGAAAUCAUCUUGCUGCACAAACAGCAGGUUGGCGUCAUGAUCUUGUUCGCAAGCGAGUUCAUGAUUCUCACCGCUGGAUUGCUGCGGACUACGGCAAAGUACAUUAUAAACUGUCACGACCUGCGCCAUGCCGAACCAUGGGAGGGCAAGAGCAUGUACGUCUUCUUUGUGGACCUUGCAACAGACUUCAUGAAGCUCUUGAUCUAUCUCGGCUUUUUCCUGCUCAUCUUGACAUACUACGGUUUUCCACUCAACAUGGUGCGUGACGUCUUCCUCACAGCCAGGAGCUUCUUUUCGCGCGUCAGGCACUUCUUCCGAUACCGUGCUGCCACUCGCAACAUGGAGUCUCGCUUCCCGAACGCCAGCGCGGCAGAGCUCAACGCGACAGACAAGACGUGCAUCAUUUGCAGAGAAGAAAUGUCCGAAGGAUUGGCAGCUACGGCCAGUGACGAUGGCGCAGCGGGAGCUGGUGCCACGGCUCAAGCUGAGCAACCACGUCCGCGCGGGCCAAAUGAGACACCUAAGAAGCUGCCGUGUGGGCACAUCUUCCACUUUCAUUGCCUCCGAUCCUGGCUUGAGCGGCAACAAGCUUGUCCGACC